AUGAUACUCACGAUAUCACCCCCACUGGCCCACCUGUGGCCGCCCGGCCACGGAAGCUCGCUGGUUGGAGGUUGGAAGUCGCUCGCCGCGAGUUCGAACACAUGCUUCAGCUCGGCGUUAUUCGUCCUUCCUACAGGUCUUCACCUCUUCAUCUGGCGAAACGAAAAUGCGCGAUUUUUCGAAUGUUAUCGCUGUGGCUCCGACAAGCAUUUUUCCCGCGCUUGUCCGCAUAUCGCCGAUAAGUGCACGAAUUGCGGCAAGAAGGGCGACAUUCAGCGUGCCUGUCGUGGUUCAAAACAGAAGCGGGCAAGCUCCGGAAAGUGGGUACGCACUCUUCAAAGCGAAGACACAGGCAACGUCCAGAUGCUGUCUCAAAGGACCCGGCGUCCCAUCACCGUCGAAGUCGAAAUUCAGGGUGUACCAUUGCGCAUGGUGUUAGACACAGGCGCUACAGUGUCUGUCACAUCACGGCAACUGUUCAAGAAGCUUAGACCACCUUCGAAGCUGGAACCAACAGCACUGCGACUGAAAACGUACACAGGAGUUGUCCAACCCUGCGGCGUCGUCAACGCAGCGGUACGAUACAAGGACCAAGUCGGAGACCUUCCGUUGUACGUCGUAGACUACGGCGGACCAGCUCUACUAGGACGCGAGUGGCUCGAAAUUUUUCGCUUGGAUUGGGGUGAAAUAUGCGGUUUACACAAGCUGUGCAACGAUUCGCACCCUGACGCAAGCCAAGAGGACCACGGCCCACGACUGAGAGCACUCCUCGACAAAUACAGCACCAUUUUGACGACACCCUUGCUGUGUUGCACAAGAGCCCAAGAACCAGAGGUCAAGUUCGGCAUCGGUGCUUACGACAUAGCUUACGACAUCGACUACGAAGAUUAUGACAACCAGUGCGGCUCCCUGAACGAGUACGGCCGGUACGGCCGGCACAGCCGCUUGAAGCAGUUGGUUGUGGACUACUUCAGGCCCCAAAGUAGUCCCACGUUCAACGAAGAAGCCUGCAGAGUGUUCGGGGAGUGA